UCCUCUUCGCGAUAGCAGCGCCCACGACCGCAAUUGGAAGUAGUGUUUGCCAAAAAUCUGUCCUGCAGAAGAAAAACAACCAGAUUUUCUUGGCAAAAAUCCCCGAAAUCGCCACUGAAUUGGCUGGAAAUCUGAUUUAGUGGAUAGUGGAAGCUGAAGCUGGAAAAUGGGAGGACACCACACACCAAAGGUCCCCGAUGCGUCCAUCUACAAGGUGGAGGACGUGCCAGAGCUGCUGGAGGUGCAGAAGUCACUGUCGCGCCAGGGAUUGCGCGAUCCGUGGCUCCGGAAUGAAGUGUGGCGAUACAACACACAAUACUACGGGACACAUCGUCAGCGCCUCUUGACAGUCCUGUUCCGGGGCUUCGGGCUCGGCUUUGCCGCCUUCUUGGCCACAAUUGGGAUCGAGAAGGCAUUCAAUAUCGACUACACGGGAGGACGUAGUCAUGCGCACGGGCACGGACAUGGCGAAGAGGCGGGACACCAUUAGAAGCAUUGGCAGAGAAUAAAUUGAUCGAGUAGUUGAUAA